UCCCCGGUCCCAAUCCCCCCUCGUCCUCCCUUCACUCGGCAGCUCGCCGCCUCUUCCCUCCCUCAUGGUGGGUUCGCAUCUCGAUCGGGGGCCGGCGAUGAGGAAGACGACGGGCGUGGCCUCCAGCUCCAACAACGGCAGCCCGUGCGGCCUCAGCCUCAAUGUGGCCUUCCUGCUCUCCAUGGUGGCCACCAACCUGCUCUCCCUCUACCACCUCUCCACCCGUGCGUCGACCGCUCCGCCGCUCCUCCUGCCGCAGCAGCAGGACGACCAGCUCCUCCGUCAGCUCACCGCCAUCCGCGCCACCGUCUCCCAUCUCAACCACCUCCGCUCCUCCACGCCCCCGCCUCCCCCGCCGCCCCCCGAGCUCCUCCUCUACUCCCGCCUCGGCCCCCUUGCCUCCGCCUGCUCCGCCCACCCCGACCUCCUCCACUCAUUCAUGUCCUACACGCCGUUUGCCCCCUGCCCUGACGACACGCUCUCCCUCGCCGAGCCCCUCCUCCUCCGCGGCUGCCAUCCGCUUCCCAGGCGCAGGUGCUUCUCCCUCACGCCGCCUGCUUCUUCUGAGCAGCUGCCCAUCGACCCCUUCUCCCCGCUCCCGGACUCAGCCGUCCGCUGGCCGCCGGGGGCCAAAUGCAGUUCCUUCUCCUGCAUGCCGCCGUCUCUGGGUUUCGACAUGGCGCACAGGGAGGCCGCGCGGUUCCUGCGGGCGGAGGGGCCCCUCGACCUGACGGUGGCGCAGCUUCUGCGGCUGGCGUCGCUGAGCCGCGCGGGGCCGAUCCGGCUCGGUCUGGACGUUGGCGGCGGGACGGGGACUCUGGCGGCCCGGCUGAAGCGGGCAGCGAACGCGACGGUGCUGACGACAACCAUGGACCUCGGGGCGCCCUACUCGGAGGCAGCGGCGGCGCGCGGGGUGGUGCCGGUGCACGCGCCACUGCAGCAGCGGUUCCCGGUGGGGGACGCGACGAUGGACUUGGUGCGGACGGGGCAUGCCGUGAACCGGUGGAUCCCGGAGGCGGCACUGGAGUUCCUGUGGUAUGACGCGGACCGGGUGCUGCGCCCCCGUGGGCUUCUCUGGGUGGAUCACUUCUGGUGCCGGCGGGCCGACCUCGCCGCCGUGUACGCACCCAUGCUGCGGCGCCUUGGCUACAAGACCGUCAAGUGGGCCGUCGGCGACAAGAGUACACCGGCGGCGGCAGCAGCCGGAGGCAAGCAUGAUGAGGUGUACCUCACCGCGCUGCUGCAGAAGCCCUGAUUGUAUCCUGAAUCGAUCGAUUGGUUGAUGUUCGAAUGGAAUGCACGCUUUGCUUCACUUGCUGCUCAUUGUGUUCUAUACUUCUACUAUUAUUACUCCCUUAUAUGUCUUUCCAAAAAAAAAGAAAACUACUCCCUUGUCUGAGUGCAUCCAGGCCAUUUUCCAAGUACCAAGCAGCAUCCAGGGAUGCUUCAGAGAUCUUCAGAGGUCAAUAGGCGAGGAGCUAUUUUCAGCAGCUACUACUAUUUCACGAUCGGCAUUCAGAGAAGAAAUCAACAACCUGCACAUAUCAAAAUCAAGUGCUUACCAUGAGGUGGGGGCUUGAUGCGGUGGCUAUGGCGGCAGAGAUGGGGAAGCACUCACAACAGACGUCGGCGUAGUCAUGGCAGUGGAAGCGGGUGUCGCCGGAGUCGCAGCAAUGGCUACGAACGUCGUCGCCGGUGGAAGCGGUCCCGGCACAGGGGGCGAAGUAGGCAGCGUCGACGAUAUUGUUGGGGAUGUGGCAGCGGCGGAUAUCACGGGCGGCGCUACUGGGAGCGACGACGCAUGAGAUGAAGGAGGAGGUGGCAAGGGCGCCGAUGCACACAGGGUUGUCGUCUUCAUCCCCAGGCAUCUUCCCACACGUCCUUUCCCUCCUUUUCCGGAAGUGCUCCGCCUAGAGCUCUCAGGGGGCACUCGAUCCAUGGAGCUAGAUCUGUGGCGGAGGGCGAGAUAGAUUGGGAGGAGGUGAGCAUGGGCGGGAAGAAAUUGGGAGGUGGUGGGAAGAUUGCGGUGGAGCGCGCGCUCUGGAAUGAGGCGGGCGGCCGCACGGGAUCACCCGAUGAAACUUUCCUCAACUCAACACAAGUUUCACGAUGUUUCCAAGCUCUUGAUUAUAGUGCGCAAACGUUUCGUGGGGAUGAAACGUUCUUCUUCUCUCUCCUCUUCAAAUCAUGCAAAUAUUCUUUUUUUUUCUGACGUAUCACUCUAAUUUUGUGCAUGACACUUCUAUGAUAUCCCAUUAACACUGGCCUUAGA